UUGUGAUUGCUAAGACUUCUAUGGAUUUAAAUGAUGGAGAGGUUAUAACUGAAGGAACUAAAUUCAUUACUUAUGUUGAUUUAUUUGGUGGAGAAUAUUCGUCUGAAGAUUUAGUUUGUAUAGUAUAUGGACUAGACCCUCUAUUUGAUGAUGAGAGUUAUGAAUUUGAGACAGAUAUAGAUGGAACAAUAAUUGAAAAGAAAAAAGCUUUUAAUAAAAAUGUAGUAAAAUAUUUGAAUCAAAGAGAAUUACACAAAGUGUCUAAUGCGAAUUUAUAUAAUGAUUGGCAGAAAUGGUUUAAGUAUGGCGGAAAAUAUUAUAUGUUAGGGAAAGGUGGAAAAGCAUAUGAUAUGAACAUAAACAAAUACAGUGAAUAUCGCCGAUCCGCAAUCGCCACAGGAAAUUCAAAGUUAGACAAUUAA